UUGUAUCUUCAGCCAGUCACCUAUCUUGAUGCUGUUGUUUAUUCUCCGGAUCGCGUAAACUUGGUGAAGUGAAGGCCCUUCACCGAAAGGAUCCGCGAGGCAAAGAGAGGAACACAGCUGUGACAGAAAUGUCUGGUUUUGGGAACAAGUUUAGUUCAUACUCGAUGACACAGCUCAACGAAUUGCUUGAAGAUGAUGACAAACUCAACAGCAUUGUCCAAGAAAUGGAAGAGAUGCAGGAGGUGCAACAGACCAAGGAGAUGAUCCUGGCCAGUAACCGGAGCCUGGCAGAGCAGAACCUUCAACUGCAGCCCAGACUGAAUCACCAGAAGAGCCAGCUCACCAAGUGCUACAGCUCCCUACAGGAGAGCUUCGAGGCCUACCAGGUUCACAAAUCCAAACUAGACCACAGCUCUGGGAACAGUUCAUUAGACACAUUUCUUGCUCUAUUGCAGGCAGAGGGAGCCAAGAUUGAAGAGGAGACAGAGAACAUGGCGGACUCCUUCUUGGACGGGGACGUCACCCUGGAUGCCUUCAUGGACUCGUACCAGAGCAACAGGAAGCUGGCCCACCUGAGGAGGGUGAAGAUUGACAAGCUGCAGGAGAUGGUGCUGAAGGGUGGACGGCUGCCUCGGGUCCCAGUCUCCUGCUCCCAUCCUCAGGAGGUCUCAGUCAGGCCAGCCCCCCUCUACACAGAGGCCAACAACCACAACCCCUUUCCAGUGCCUCAGCCCAGGAGAGCCCCCCCUCCCCCUCCAGCCCAACAACCCCCAGCUGUAGCCCCCAGCCCCAGCCUGCUGUCUUUUCCUACCCUGCCCCCCAUACCCCCCUAUCCCCCCAGGGCGGGCCACCCUUUGCUCAGUGUCAAGCCUGGGUACCAGCACCCUUUUGUGUCUCAGUACCCCCCUGCCCUGCCUCAGAGGCCUCCCCCUCGCAUGGCUCCACAGUCUGGCUUCAUGAUUCAGUAGUGAAGGGCCCACAGUACAGGUGCAUUACAGUACAUGCAGUGGACUUGCACUGCAGCCUCGCUGGAACUAUGAAUACGGUGCAACGUAUCACAAAGGGGGUUGAUUGACUUGCCAAGGCUGGUCUGGGCGUCCAACUGAAGAAGAA